GCGGACGCCAGGCACGUGCCGGGCUCUCGGGAACCGUCUCCGCAGCCGCCAGGUGGCACCUCCCCAGCCUCAUGGCCUCGGCGUGGGGCCCGUAAUCUCCAGGCCCUCGGUCCUGAGCCGCCGCGUCCUGCUGCCGCUGCUGCUUCUGCUGCCGCUGAGCUCGGGUUAUAAAGAGGACACAACCAAUCCAGUUUUAAAUUUAUUACCACAGGAGUCUUAUGUGGUGUUAGUUUGUGGUGAGCCCUGGUGGUCGGAGGAUUUGGAAAUGACCCGCCAUUGGCCCUGGGAGGUGAGCCUCCGGAUGGAAAAUGAGCACGUGUGUGGAGGGGCCCUCAUUGACCCCAGCUGGGUGGUGACUGUGGCCCACUGCAUCCAAGGCACCAAAGAGUACUCAGUGGUGCUUGGCACCUCCAAGCUGCAGCCCAUGAACUUCAGCAGGGCCCUCUGGGUCCCUGUGAGGGACAUCAUUAUGCACCCCAAGUACUGGGGCCGGACCUUCAUCAUGGGUGACGUUGCCCUUGUCCACCUUCAAACAUCUGUCACCUUCAGUGAGUAUGUGCAGCCCAUCUGCCUCCUGGAGCCCAAUUUCAACCUGAAGGUUGGGACGCAGUGUUGGGUGACUGGCUGGAGCCAGGUUAAGCAGCGCUUUUCAGGCUCCACAGCCAACUCCAUGCUGACCCCAGAGCUGCAGGAGGCUGAGGUGUUUAUCAUGGACAACAAGAGGUGUGACCAGCAAUACAAGAAGUCCUUCUUCCCCCCAGUUGUCCCCCUUGUCCUGGGGGACAUGAUCUGUGCCACCAAUUAUGGAGAAAACUUGUGCUAUGGGGAUUCUGGAGGGCCAUUGGCUUGUGAAGUUGAGGGCAGAUGGAUUCUGGCUGGGGUGUUGUCCUGGGAAAAGGCCUGCGUGAAGGCACAGAAUCCAGGCGUGUACACCCGCGUCACCAAAUACACCAAAUGGAUCAAGAAGCAAAUGAGCAAUGGAGCCUUCUCAGGUCCCUGCGCCUCUGCCUGCCUCCUGUUCCUGUGCUGGCUGCUGCAGCCCCAGAUGGACUCCUGACCUCCCUACCUUUUCCUCCUCCUGCCUUGCCUCUGCUGAAUGGGGCCAGAUGGUUUGACCAAGGUCAUGUGUCCAUCUUCAACAAGAGUCAGGGUGGGGAAGAGUAACCCCUGGGAGAAUGGGUCUGGCUUUGGCAUCCUGGUGAGGAGAAGUGUGGUGGAUGACUAGGCCUUGGGUGAGCAGGAGAAGGGAAGUGUGGCCUAGAAGGAUUCUGGAAUCUGGGACCAGGAGAGCAGGGAUUAAACAUGUGCAAACUUGA